GGAAGUACAGGGCAAAUCAAAUUUACUUGUCAACAAUAUUUACUUGAGCACAAAAAGAUUGUUAGAGUUUAGUUCCAGGACACUGGACAUUUUAGAAUCUCGUGGAAAAAUUCGCUUGAGCAGUUGAAUUUCAGGCCUCUAGAAUUGCUGAGAAUGAUCAAGGAGAUAAUUAAACUGUUUGAUUUGAAUUCUUCGCUUGUAUUGUCAACGAUAUUAUUCGUUGUUUUGUCGACUAGCCUUGUUUCAUUGUUGAAGUUUGUCCGAAUCAUAUGGGCAGGUAUUUUUCCAAUUGCAUCCUCAGGCAAAUCAGACGAUUUUGAUAAUGAGAAAGACAACAAGCAACUAAGAAACAUAUGUAAAAAGUAUGGUUUAACGAAGAACGGUUUUUUGCCGGUAAAUUGUUUGGAAAGGCUGCCAGAGAAAUAUGACCAGUGGGAGGAAAUCGCUUUCAAACUUCCAGCAUUGAGCCGAGAUGGGAAAUUGCGGAUGACAGUUUUAAACACGGAGGUGAUUGACUGCAAGGAUCUGGAAGAGGAAGAAAUGCUGCAAAGAGCUUUUAUUCUGCUGGGAAUGUUGAUCCACUCAUUUGUUAAUGGGGACAAAGUUGCAUGGGAAAAGAUUAAAGAAUUGGAUUGCGUUGUUGACAAUGAGUGUUGUGUGCAAAAAAAUAUUAAGACCUUGAAAGAGGUUGAUGGGAUUCUGUUGACAGAAAUACCUCCACAGUUGGCAUUGCCUUGGUAUUAUAUAUGCAAGAAGUUAGACUUGCCUUUAGUUCUAACAGCGGCUCUUGAUUUGUGGAACUGGAGACUCAAAGAUGCUUCAAAGGGGUUUUGUUUGUCAAACUUGGCUUCAAAUCUAUCAAUGACAGGUACCCCUACUGAGACAUAUUUUCAUAUGGUGCCAUGUGCCAUGCAAGCAGUGGCUGGCCCAGUUAUCCUAAAGAUUUUUCUCUUUUAUCAGUCUCUUUCUUUAGCCAAAGACAGCAACAAACCAAUCAUAAGAGACAAUGUAACUUGCCAUGGGAAAGAAGGAUCAAUGUCCAAAGUGAUUGAAUUACUCAAAGAGAUGAAAUCUGUUUUUAAGGAGUUUAAAGAAAUUCUGCAGCAGAUUAAGGAUCAUGUUGACAAGGAGGUCUUCUAUGAUGUAUACAGGCCUUUAAUUGGAGGAUUUUGGCCUGAAGGUAUUGUGCUAAACUUGGAAUCAAAAGUUAAUAACAAUUCAAAUGUUCCAAAUGUUCCAAAUGGCAAAAGCGGUUUGGCACAAAAUGAUUUGAGACAUUCUUCAAACAAGUAUGGUGAUGCAACUGCUAUUCACAAAGUUGUCAAAAUGAAAUUGCCAAAUGGAAAAAUGGUUGUGAACCCAAAAGGUCCAAGUGCAGGUCAAAGUUCAAUGAUUCUAGCCUUUGACCUUUUGCUUGGCAUCAGUCACCAUGGAAAUGGGAAGGAAUUCCAAGAAGAAGUGCUAUGGUACAUGCCAGGCAAACACAGGAAAUUUAUCAUCAAAUUACAAGAAAUGGUAGCAAACCAGGGCUCUUUAAGAGAAUUUGUGCUGAAGUCAGCAAAUAACAGUUGGCAUGGAAACAUGACUGAAGCCUUAAACUCAUGUCUGAAAGCUGUUUGUGAAUUCAGAGCAAUGCAUCUUUAUGUGGCACUUAGGUAUCUCAGACGAGCAGAUAAGGGAACUGGCUCUACAACCUUUAGAGAUUUGUUAGAUAAAAUGUUGAUUUCUACCAAGGGAUGUAUGCUGGAGUGAAAAAUAAAAAUUGCUUGAAAACAAGAACAUAUAGACUUGUGUGAAAAGGGGCCCAGCGGAAGUCCAAAUUUUGCUGUUUGCAAAAGGCAAAUAUUUUCUUAUAAAUUUUGCAAUUGGAAAAUUUUGAUACCCAAAAGUUUCCAAAAACAAAUCCCACAAAGUAGAAAGUUUUCUAUGUUUUCAAACAAAUUUGAUUCAGGGAAGGAGCUGUAAAAUCUCUGGCCCCUGAGCCCUUGGACCCUUUACAAGAUAAAAAAAUCCAAUUGUGAAUUUCUUAAAGUUUUCUCUCAAAGUUGUGAAAAAGCUAACAUCAUUGUAAAUUCUACAAUAUUGUUUGUCUUGAUUUCUGUCAUGGAUAUAUAAUUUCUGCAAAGAAGUUUUUUUAAAAAUUGUUUCAAUGGUAAAAUAUAAAAUUAACUUGCUGAGAAUUAGAAUUACCAGAUUGAGUUUGGAAAGAUCAAGCAGACUUGUUUUUCUUACUUAUUUAAAUAGAGUCUUUGUGGUAAAGUUUUAUACAUUUAUUCCAUGUGAAUUUUUGUCCCUAAAUGUCCACAUUUUUGGAACAUUGAGAGUUUUUAUGGGAAAACUUAUUCAAUGUUGGAGUCAAUUUCACAACAAAGUAUGCUGCUUGUUUGAGAAUGGGAGAAGGGAGGUUCAUUGAGAGGGGUCAGUCUGUUUGUGACAAGAGUUGGUCCAAGUUUUGGUCACUCGCACAAAAAGUUUAUUCUAUUAGACUCCCUAGACAUUCAAUGGAAUUUUGGUGGUGAUGUAUUUUUUAAGAAAUAGGAACAGAGUAGUGCUACCCGAGAAAGCGAUUUUGGUAGGAAAUUAUGUUGAAUGAAUUUUCAUAAAAAACAUUUUACAUGAAGUUCCCUUUCCAUAUUGCAAUUGGUAUUGGAGCUGGGAGGGCUCCUGCCCGCUAAAUCAGACAACUUAAUCGUUUUUGGACUCCUUUUGGGCAGUUCUGUCUCAAUGGAGCAAUGAUAUUCGGGCAACAAGAUCUUUGCUAAGCCCCCUCCCUAAACGUUUACACUCGCUACUCCCAUGUCCUUACUGCUUUUAUUUCUACAUCAUCUCAUACAUUUUACCUUAUUUUGGAAGACAUUCAAAAACAUUUUGCUCCUUAAAAAGAAAACAGAGGAAGAGCUUUCUCACGAUCAGAGGUGCGGUGAUAUGAAAUGAACUAAGGGACCUUCUGGCGAAAAUAAUCGUCACUUUAUUUUAUUCCUUGCUGUCAAGUUGUUCCCAUUGAUUGCAAUUUCGUGAUAUUAUAUGCAACAAAGAUUGUUUGUUGGCACGAUAUCAAAGAUUUAACUUGCUUUUCAGAACAUGCGCUCAAUGCUGGGCAUUUUUGUUGACAAAAAACCCCUAAAUUUUAGACUAUUUUUGAAGCACUGAAAAUUUCAAUUUUGCUAUCGUAGAAUUAAAAAAUCUCAUUCAGAAUUUUUAGUAAAUUACAACUUUUGGAAGUAUCUUGUCCUCUCUUUGGUUUGGCUUAUCUUGAGCUUGGUGUUUUUUUCUAUUUUGUUUUCUAUCAUAUUGCCUCAAUUGAAUUGAGAAUAUUUCAGAUUGUAGCCAUGGCCACAGUUUAGUUUUAUCAAAGACAUUUAUCGCCAGUUAUUAAGCCGCACUUUUUAAUUAGAGAAAUUAAUUUUAUUUCCAUGGGAAUGUAUACGUGCAAUGCAUUGAAAACUCCUGCCUGACAACAGUACGGAUAUCUGUUUUCUGUGAAAAGACUUUGAAUUUAUGAGUCAAGCCGGAGUGUCACCGCAAGGACAAUAUACCAUUUGAUGGAGAACAAAGAAUGGAAACCAUUGUUAGAUAAAAAAUUGUUCUGUUUGGCUAUUAUGACGUCAAUGUUACAGUUGAUGGAAAAUAAGCCAAUCAGUGCUGUACAACUAAUCACGUGGUAUUGUUUUCAUAUCACGUGGGAUUGAUGAUUUGAACCCACUUCCCGCCUGCGAUGACAAAGGGAUUUGCAGAAGACAAGAGGGAGUUUUGCAUGGAUUUAAUGUUGUAAAUCGAUAGAGCCACACGGUACACUUUUGUCAAUUAGGACUCUUUUGUUUUUGAAGGAAAAUCCCAACAUCUUCCACGUGAAAGUUUGCGAGUUUGCGGAUUGUUAUGGCGGAUAGUGCAACGGGGCUAGACAAGGAAGCUCUCGAUGAAAUCGAAGACCUUACAACGGAAGAUCUUGAAAGUUUGAAACAACAAUUUGACCCCGAG